AUGUUUUCCAACAUUAUUAACUCCGAACGACGGGAUGGGGGGUCAGCAGCAGCCAGGGCUAUAGAUCCCAGAACCAAGAAAGAACUUUGGGAUGUGCCGGUUGCCAAUGAGAAGGAUCUCAACGACGCUGUGUUUGCGGCAAGAGAGGCGUUCAAAUCCUGGAAGCUCACGUCCGCCGACGAUAGACAAAAGUGUUUAUUCAGGGUAGCCGAUGAACUAGAGGCUCGCAGAGGAGAAAUGUGCCCCGUCCUCGCAAAAGAGACUGGCAAAUCUGAUCUGCUCGCUAAUAUGGAAAUCGAUGACACACUAAAGUUUAUAAGGUUCAAUGCAUCACAAUAUCUACCGGAUGAGGUCACCUAUGAAGAUGAUGAGCUCAAGAUUGUAUCUACUCAUCCACCACUGGGUGUUGUGGGAGCAAUAUCCCCUUGGAAUUUUCCGCUAGUCCUCGCAGUCGCGAAGAUCGCUGCGGCUCUCGUGAUGGGCAACAGUAUCGUUGUCAAGCCCUCACCUUUGACACCAUACGCCACGUUGAAAUUUGCAGAACUGGCGAUACCAAUUCUUCCCUCCGGUGUGCUACAGGUGCUUAAUGGGGAUAACGACCUCGGCAGACUCAUGACAUUGCACCCCGGUAUAGACAAGAUCAGCUUCACAGGAUCCACGGCAACAGGCAAGAAGGUGGCCGAGAGCGCGUCAAGAUCCCUCAAACGGGUGACACUAGAGCUAGGAGGGAAUGACGCUAGUAUUGUCUGCCCGGACGUCGACGUCGAGAGCGUUACUCGAAAGGUCGCUGCUGGCGCUUUCUUCCACUCUGGUCAAAUGUGUGUGGCAUCAAAAAGGGUCUAUGUUCAUCGAGACAUCUUUGCAAAAUUCCGAGAAAUUUUCGUAGACGCUGUCAAAGACACAGUUAUUGACGCCUCCGGCCAGCAGCCAACAUUAUUCAGCCCUAUGCAAAACGAGAUGCAAUACAGGAUCGUCAAAGGCUUGAUUGACGAUAGCAAAGAAAAAGGCUAUAACGUGAUAUGCGGCGGUGAUACGACCGAAGAACAGCCUGGCCUCUUUAUACGGCCGACAGUCGUGGAUCGGCCACCUGACGAUUCUAAAAUCGUGACAAUGGAACAAUUCGGACCCAUCAUUCCUCUUUGCGAAUGGUCCUCGGAGGACGAACUCGUCACCCGAGUGAAUGAUACAGACAGUGGUUUAGGGUCAUGCGUAUGGUCGGGAGAUGGUGGCACUGCUGAACGGAUUGCGCGCAAACUGGAAGUGGGCACUGUCUGGAUCAACAGCUUUGGAAUUCCCCAUCCUCAUGGAUACUUUUCAGGUUGGAAACAGAGCGGGCUUGGAGGCGAAUGGGGGAGGCAAGGGUUGCUUUCAUACUGCCAUACCCAAACGUUGCAGAUUUACAAGCAAACGUAG